GACGACCAUCAGAUCACAAAGCAAAUUCCCGGAAGCGCAGCGCGGUCAACCCCUCCUGUAGGAAAAUACAAAAAGUUUAAGGACAGAAUUCACGAUAGAGUUAGAAACGAGUCACGGAAAACAACCGAGUAAAGGCAUUAUGUGUAAAGAGCGGUUUGAGAAAGGGGGACACACAAAAAAAAAAGUUCCGGAAUUUAAGGUCUAGCAAAAUAAAAAUGAAGAAAAAGAUUCAACUUCCCUCCCUUUAUUUCUAGUCACGGACACGCGAAUAAAAAAGAAUGCGCGUGGACAUUUUCAGUUUCUCCUUGUCGCGUCCGUCCAGUCACGAAAGAUGUCACAAACGACUGGGGGGGAAAGAAGAAAUAGGAAAAGUGGAGUUUUGGUCAUUUUGCCCAGUCCAUUUCGUUUUUUUUCUUUUCUGGUGAGGAGAGAGAAGGACAACGGUGAUUACGACAAGAAGGUGAUGUAUAUGCGAGCGACGGGCAGAGAGUUUUAAGAAGGAAUAUACUAGGUAGUCCGUCACACAAUCCAUCCUGCAGCACAACUACUCCCGUGGGCAUACGGCUCACGACACACAUCCGUCCAAGUCUUUGGCGCAGCUCAGCAGCAAACGCGACUUUUAGUUGCCUAAAGAUACGGAACGGACGUCCCCAAGACCGAAUGGUCUCUCCUCCUGAGCAUUCCCUGCGUCUUGAUCGGCUUGCCCUUUAUGUGGCUCUUCUUGCUCGACUUGGGAGCCAAAUGGGCCGACACAGUCUCCAACAGCAUCCAGCGAUUCCGCAUGAAUUUGGGACGACGCUAUCCGGACGUGGUUUCCUUGCAGAGUGACGCCGGAACGCUUCUACACCUGCCGCCACCGCCAAGGCAUCUGCAUCAAAAUGGGAUUGAACGAUACAACGAACUCGCUCCAGUCAUCCGGCCCUAUCAGAAUGGCAACGGAGGUCGGAUGCUGCCAAACGGGGAUGCUCAAGACUCGUUGCGGUACUAUUCUCAGGGCUCAGGGGACAAUUCGCCUACAACACGCUCAGUAUGGACAGUGGAGCCGGUGGCCGUAGCCAUGAUUCCGGAACCUACGGCCCAGGCAGCCAAACUCACGACUCUUCUUCCCGAAGACGUGUACCAUCACGCCGCACCUUGGGUGGCAACCGUUUUCAUUGUCCUCUAUCCAUUUCUGGGCAGUUUGAUAUUUGGUUUCUGGGGUAAUUUGCCCUUCACCACUAGUUUUGUGAUUCCUCUCACGUCCUUGAUUCUCAUCAGCCCUCCACUUGUCUUCACCAGUUUCUUGUGGAGGACUUUGUUUCACGUGUACCUUCUCAUCGGCUGGGUUCUCCUCAUUGCCAGUUUCCUUCUUUGGCAUCAAUCGUGGCGAGAGUUACUCCGCAAUUGGGCUCACGAUCUCAGCAUCAAACACUACCCCAAAACGUAUCCUCUUCAAUUAAGGUAACUCCGCCACAUCCAAGAACCCACCUGUUAAUGUACAACACCACUUCAUCAUGAUUAACAAUUGUUAGAGUCAAAUUCUAGAAAUCAUUUUUUUAACAUCAAUGUUGAAUUCGAUAAAGUCGUUCAUUUCUUUGUUUCACUUUCAACAUGUUGUUGUUGUAACUGUUUGCUGUUGUAGCCGUGAUUUGGUGAGGG